AUGAUCUCAUCCAUUAAGUCCGCAUUUAUUAACCUCACCUCCAAAUUCAACCACUUCUAUUGUGUGCCAUUAUUCGGAUUGGUAUGCUGGUAUGGGCUCCUCUUUGGGCUCGUAGGUUCGUGGGUGGCCAAGGGAGCCAAGGCAUAUCCUAAGUACGGGGAAAGUGCAGUUCCCUUGCCACUAGAGAGAAUCGGAGUUAUCUUGGAACCAGUGUUCUUCGUGGUGUUCGCAUUCAUCCAUGCUAUUGUCUUCUGUGUGUCGAUGUAUCUUGAGUUUUACCAUCGGAAGAUUGGAAAGUUGAUCAAGUUCAUCAAGCCCACUUUGCAGAAGAGAUUGGCCUUCGCAUCCAUCACCAUUGGUAUCAUUGCCCAGGUGUUUUUUGUUACUCAGAGCUUGGUGUACUCGGUAUACAUGCACAAGUACAGCAGGGCCCACUCCCACUACGCUGUGUUGUUGGCAAUCUUUGCUAUUUUAAUCAUGAUCUCUUUGGCAUUGAAUUUCAUCAACUACUACAUCAUGGGGCAAUACUACGCCAAAUACGUCAAUGGCGAGAAAUGGAACAAGUUCACCAUCUCGUUUAUUCUCAAGAUCACUUGGUUGAUCGUAACCAUAAGUGUUGCAGUCAUCUGCUGCAUCUUCUACGUGAAGAAGAAGAAGGCGAUCAGUUCGGUGUUCGAGUGGAUAUUCCACUUCUGGUACGGGUUAUUAUUGGCGUUCUGGACCUACGACUUGUACCCAUUGACCGAGUUGAGGGCGUUGAGAAAGCAAGGUACCGAGACUCCUCCGCUCAAACAAGAAAAGGUCAGUGUUAUCAGACAGAAGUUCAAGAACUGGAGCCCCACCAAGUCCAAGAACAGCGACUUGGAGAAGAACAGUCCUACCUUCACCUACAUCACUCCCGUGGGGUCCGCAGUCAGUUCGCAAGAAAACUCUUCCAGAGCCACCCAGGAAUCUCCUACUCCAUUUGGGUUUAACGGUCCCAACUUGCCGUUUUCGCACUUCUAG